GCCAGCGCAACGCGGGCGCUGCAGCCCCUGCCUGGACAUGGCGAGGCAAAGGAGGCAGCGCUCUGCCCCGACUCGCGAUUUUGCAUGCAUGCGUGGGGAAAAGACGAGGCCGAGAAGAAAGGAGCAGGUGACAUUAAUCGCAUGCAUGAUCUCAGGAGACAAUCAUUUGAAAUCUUAAUUGGCUGCCUUUUAAAUAUCAUUUAAGGUCUCGUUUGGCCCGCUUCCUUCUCUCUCUCUCUCUCUCCAGUUAAGAAGGCGUUGUGUCAAAGCCUAUUUGCUUUCCUGGACGGCUCUCUCGCCUCUUAAGUCUCUCCCCCCCCCUAAAAAAAAAAGGAGCAAAGACAAGAGAGAAAGAAAUAGACCCAUCAUCAGUCGAGGUUUGCGAGGUCGAUAAAGCUUUUAGAUUUGAAGAUGUUUUCAGGGAGCCCAUUUCCUGCGGCUAAGAGUUGUUAAUGGAGCUUAAGGAAUUAUCUUAUGACUCCGACCCGGAGAGCCCCCAGUCUCUCUCUCUCUCUCUCUCUCUCUCUCCUUCCCUCCCCCUCGCCUUUUCCCUUUCUCCGGCUCCCUUGUCGAGACUGAAGCUCCAGCCGCCGCCGCCGCCGCCGCUGCUGUCAAAGUCUCUUAAUGAAAUGUAACGCGCCGCUGAUUACAGUUUUAUUUGGGCCCUAUGUAAAAAGGCCAUGUUAAUUUCCCCUCCUCUCCGCGGAGGCUGGGAAUUUGCCACGGCCCAGUGCGCGACAGAGGCGCUGCCUUGCAAGCCCAGAAAUGCCACCCCUCGCCCUUCCCGCCCCGAUUCUUCUCCCCAGUGCCGUGUGUGUGUGUGUGUGUGUGUGUGUGUGUGUGUUUAGAGAGAGUCCCCAAUUUCCGGUGGCUUUUUCCGCCAUCGCCUCCAGGUAGAUGCUGGGUGUUGGGGUUUCAUUUGUAUGUAACGCUGUCGGUAUGUACGAGAUGUAUUGAUCCAGGCUCGCUCGAGAUUAAUUUCUCGCAGAGCCUGAUGCCCAGCUUGAUGCGGAUUUGCUGGGGGCUGCGGGGGGGAGGGGAGGGGAGCGCACGGCGCUGGGUGAUCUGAACGCAAUCCGCGAGGAAGUUCUCCUGCGCGGGCACUGCCGUGAGAGAACGGGCAAGCGCAGGAUUGCGCGCAAGGCUUGUCCCCCAGAGGAUUGCCGCUUGGGAGAAAGGUCCCCCGCAGUCAGUUUCGUUGGGUCGCAGAUCCUGCUCAUUUCGACGCGGUUUGCGCAAGAGAACCUCCCCGCCUACUCUAGCCCCGUUUAUUAUAAGUUGUUUUAUUUACAGGGAGGGCAAAAUUAAAAAUUAUGUAUUGUGCCAUAGGACUUAUUCUGUACACUGGCUGCGGGGUGGGUGUGUGGAUUCCUAUCCUCUGCUGCGCUGUGCGGAGAAAUUAUCCAUCCGGAAACCUUCAGCCUUUUCAUAUUAUUGGUGACGGGGAGGGAAAGUUGUCCUGUUCGUUUCAGAACAGCUUUCACUCUCUUGAAAUUCACGGGACUUGAGAAGAGGGCUCCAGCCUCUCUUCACCUAUUUGCUCGCAUUGUUUUUAAGGAUAAAACAAUCAAACCCACAAAGCAAUAACAGCAAGUCUCUAUUUAAUCGCCCAUUCCAAAAUUCCGCGCGUAAAAAUAAAGGAACGGGGGAGGAGGGAAGCUAUAAAAGUGGCUGAGAAACGUUGGCAUCAAAUCAUUUAUUUUUUUUAAAGAAAGAAAACAAAAAAAUAAGAUAUUUGAAGUUAGCUGAUUCCCUCCACCUUUGACGUUUCGAAACUCUUUUUAACGUCCUUAUCUAUUAUUGCCUGGCUGGAGGAGUGCUGGAAAAUUAAAUGGCUGGGGUUGGUGAGGAGAGAGGAACUAAAUAUGUCCUGACAAAACACAAAACGCGAUUUCUUAAUAACAGGAAAUAAUUCUCGCGGGAUGUGUUUCAAAGUCUCACGCGGGCUUACUCUGCGCGGGCCACAGUUUAGCGCGCGUAAGAAGCUGCUUUCCCUCCGUCUCCCCUGCGCACCCACCAACCCUCCAUCUUUUGAGGUCCCUUGCCCGCUUUGCUUUUCCCCCGAACCCGGAGCCGCUGCCCCCCAGCUCCUCACUGCGUCGGACUGCAAAGAUGGUGUGCUUUGUCUGUCCGCUGGGUCCGUUUCCCUGCAGCCGCCCGCCCAGACGGCAUUAAAAUUCCUCCUGGCCCAGCCUCUGGCUGCAGAGCCAUCUCCCCAGAGGCUCCACUUUUCGCUAUUACUGUCAAGUACCCUUGACUCUUUAUUUUGUGCCCUUUUUAUCUAUUACAACUAAUUCGAGUUCUUCUGCCCUUUUCAGCUCCAAGACGUGCCUUUCCGUAAGAUGCCACCCCCUCCCCUCCUUUUCCCCCACUCCAUCCUCUCCCCGCCCCGCCCCCCCGGGUGCAAAGCCUUCUCGAAAUUGAAGAGGCUGGUUUUUCCCCCCCCCCCCUUGCGUUCCCUCCUCUCCCCCUUUUACUGUCAAAAUGAAAAUUUCACUUCAAAUUAUCUUGGCUGAUGCAACGGGUUUCCUCGCCCCCCCUUCCUUCCUUCCUUCCUUCCCCUUCUUCUCACACCCCCGCUCUCCCCUUUUUCCUUUCCCCAGGCUGGGGGCCUCCUGUCUCAGCCUUUUGACAGCCCCCAUCAGCAGAGAGGUUCACUCAUUUCGAUAAUAUCAUCCGAGGGAGCGAAAGUCAAUAUAAUGACAGGGGGGAAUUUAAGGAGGAGGGAAAGGGGGGGCGGGUAGAGUGCGUGGGGGGAGUUGCAGUCCAAUUACAGACGUUUGCAAGGAAAAAAAGAGAGGGAAGGGAAGGGACGGCGGCCACACCAGCAGCGCAGCCGUCGCCUUUCCGCUGCCUCGGUCCGAGCGCCUCUCGGUUCAGUUCCAGCCCCAGCGCAUCUCCUUCCACCUGGGCGCCCUUUGGCGCACCAAACCCAUCCCAGAUCCGCCACCCGCUUAAGCACUAAGCGCUUGUGUUUUUCUUCUCCAUUUGACUCCUAUCAAUAACAGAGAAUGUGGCAGUUUCUAAUCCCUUCCUAGGGUGCGCUUUCGGAUUUAUCCUGCACUGCAGGGCCGGAGGUGGUGAUGUUGGAUGGUUUUGUUUUGUUCGUUCGUUUCUUUGUUUUGGAUAGUGAGAAAACAGAACCAUCUCCACCGUUUGUACUCAGGGGUAUGUUCUGUUGUUGUGUCGCGUGGGACCUGCUCCCAGUAAAUGCGCCCUAGCAGAGUAUUUGCGCCACCCUCCACCGCUAAUGGGGCGUUUUGGAGAUUUGUGUUGUGGCGGACUGCAUUAGGCAGCUCGGCCAUAAGAACAACAAAAAUGCACAGGCAGCGCGCGCGCGUGUUGCCAUUUAUUCUUGGACACCCCCACCGUACAGAACCGUCGCAAGGUCAAACAGUCAGUUGCCGUGCGGGGCGGAGAGAAGCAAAGGGAUUUGCGCCCUUGGCAUGCAGAGGCCUAUUUAAUUGCUCAGAACAAGGUUGCUGGGUGCGUAAAAACACCAGGCGCAGAACUGAGCUGGCCAGAGACGGGGGUUAUAUCUGGAGAAAGAAUCACAUGUGGUCUGAAGGAGGAAGAGGAGGAGGAUAUCCUCUAGAGAAGCCUUAAAUGGCACCCUUGGUUCGAAUCUCAUCACUUAGACCUAACUGGACAACUUGUGGAUAGGGUGGCAUUUGCGCUUAAUUUUUAAUUAUUUCUAUUUUAAAUAGGUGUCCACUGGAGCCUGGUUGGGGGGAACAAAUCAUUGCCUUUUCACCUUGGCUUUUGGGGACUCUCUCUGAGGCGAUGAAAGACUGGUUUAAAAACACUUUCUCUCCUCCCAUCUCCAACUCCCUCAACCCCUUAAACUUUUCUAGAUUGUGGCGAGUUCUGUUGGUGGCUAUCUCCCUGCAUCUUGCAGGAAAGUUUACACCCCCGGACUUGCGAAGAGAGGCGAGAUCUUCAAAGCCCUUUCUGCCUUCUUCUAGCUAAAUGGUAAAUCGCCCGAGCCUUCUCCUGAAUCGCGCGCGGGGGCGGGCGGGCGGAGGGAGAGAAGCGCUCGCUCUUUCUCUUGGCUGAACUUCUAUUUAAUGUCAAAACGGUAAACCAUCCGUCCUGAAGUGCUGAAAUAUUCAUAGAGAAUCCAACGAUUCUCUCUCCCCGUACCAGCGAAGAAGCUUCAAGUUAAAACAGUAGUUUAAAUCAUCAAAUGUUCCAUGUGAAUCAAUUGCUUCGCGCACAUUAAAAAAGAAAAGGACCAGCCUUAGUAAAUGGGAUCUCUACUCCACCGGUGACUUCGCAUCCCUAUAGCCCAAUUUUUAUACAAAACCAUUUAUCGAGAUCCAUUCUAACUUUUCACAAAGUUUUAGCAUAUUAACACACACCCCUUCUAAAAAUAAAUAGGCAACUUCAUCCACUAACCACUUAAUCCACACCAAUUGUAUAUAGCCUUGCAGUUUCCUAAGGAAACCGAAUUCCCUUAAAUUCUCGUGCAACUCAAUCCUGUGCAUGUUUACUCGGAAGCAAGUCUCCCUGGCUUCAGUGAAAAGCAACCCUGCAAAGGUUCUCAGCCUUAGUCGGAAAGAAAACAAAGAAACGAACGAACCCCAGUUUAAAUCACAGCAGUCCCCGCUUAAGCGGGACUGAGGAUCGUAGCUCUGCUUUGAAAAUUAAGGUCUGUAUAUACUGUAUAUCAGGGUAAAAGAACCUCUUAGGGUGCCUCGCCCCUCCCCCUAUUUCAGACCACACGUGAUUCUUCUACGCUCGGAAUAACUGUUGCAAUAGAAACAAUUAGACUGGCUUGUGUCUUUUUUGCUUAAAAGACUGUGCCAUCUCUGCUUUGAUAACAUAGUGGGGCAAUUCAAAAAGAACAGAAUAAUGGAAUUCUUUCCCCACCCAUUUCCUGCCUGCCCUUAUGUCCCAGAGCGAGCUUUGGGCCCUUGUUGCGGAUGUGGCUUCGCGAUUUACUUAACCCGGAACAGGCGCCUGGCCAAACUGCACCAACGCCUGCAGCUGUCCAAAGGGAAACGUAGAGAGGGCAGGAGGCGCUGGCCGGCAUUCACUGGGUAGGUGCGAGGGAGGAUGAUCGUUUGAUUAAAAAGCCAGGAGAGGAUUCUUUUGGAAUCCCCCCCAUUAAAAACCAAGAUUACAGUCAGUCAGGUGAAAAUGAACAUAUACAUUUUAAGGCAUAAUGAGAAGUCGCCAGCCUCUUAGAGAUUCUCGGUUUCGGCUGCUAGUGAUGCAGCUGAACCAGGUGAAGUCAAGGUGGUCGGGUCUCAAGCUGGUUUAAGGUCCAGAACCACAGCAGCGCCAAACGCACCGUUGAUUUUAGAGGGGGCCGUUUUCCUCUCGUGGGUUCCUACUGAGGUCUUUACCACUCGGGAGUAUAUCCCGGGUGUCGAAAGGGGCGGGCUGCAAAGGCACUUGCGCGUGGAAAAGAAUGCCACCCAGAUGCGCAAGACUUUGAUUUCCAAGAGUGUGCUCCGCCCUACACUUAUUGACUGGGGAAUUCCGUACAUCUCCACGGGACAUGAAAUAGACACGCGUCUUCCAACGCGUUUGGGAUCCAGGCGUCGAAGCUCCACUUCCAACGCAGGCAACGCAAACAGACCACAAAUCAUAGGGUACCUCUGAGAGACAGACAAUUUAUUUGGAGUGAACAUACCUUUUUCGACAUAGCUUAUUUGUCAAGUUCAAAUUCGGUGUGUGCGCGUGUGCGGGCAAUGGUGUCAACUUGGUGGAAGAAGUGCUGUUUUUUUUGUGGGUGAGAUGCUAACGAUGAGAAGGGGAGGGCGGGGUGGGUGGGUAGGGAAGUUCGAAGAAGAAACUAAAAUUGGCAUGCCACAAAUCAAUUUUUUUGUUUUUUAGGAAAAGGAAAAAAAAGGGAGGGGGAAAAACAGAAUAGACAAACAACUCCCUCCCCAAGAAGCUGAAUUCGAAUCUCGCGCCUGGUAAACUUUGCAAGGUAAACGCAGAAGGACGCCUCUAUAAACUAGUGGAACGUGCUAUGGACUUAAAUAACCGUGAAGACAUUGAUCCCUUAAGGCUGCAGCCAAGUGACAGUCUUUUCGUUCUCUCUCCUUAUACCAGCAACUUUUAAAAUCCUUGCUCGGUUUUUGCGAAGGAAAAAACGUCUCUGGUUUGGAACGGAAACUCUCUCCAAGUCUUUCUCUCUCUGAGUGUG